AUGGAUGCUCUCUAUAAUCCCAUCAUAUCUACAGUAACAGUAGCUGUGAUCAUAGUAAUAUGUUCAGUCAAGAUUAUAACCAGAAGAUCACCGGAAAAGAGGAGAUACCCUCCGGUAGCCGGGACGGUCUUCAAUCAACUACUCAACUUCCACAGGCUGCUCCACUACAUGACUGAAUUGGCAUGCAAACACAAGACUUACAGAUUGCUUACUCUGUUCUGGACAGAGGUCUAUACCGCUGACCCUGCCAAUGUUGAAUAUGUUCUUAAGACAAAUUUUGCAAACUAUGGCAAGGGUCGGUUCCACCACAACGUCCUGAUGGAUCUUCUAGGGGACGGUAUCUUCACUGUUGAUGGCAAAAACUGGCAACAGCAGAGGAAGACAUUAAGUUACGAAUUCUCCACCAGAAUGCUGAGAGACUUCAGUAGUACAAUCUUUAGAACAAAGGCAGCAAAACUUGCACAGAUAGUAUCUGAAUCUGCAAGCUCAAAUCAGAUCAUAGAAAUCCAAGAUUUAUUUAUGAAAUCAACUUUGGACUCAGUAAUCAAGGUUGUACUUGGAAUUGAAAUAGAUAGUAUGUGCGGGACAAAUGAAGAAGGCACCCUAUUCUCCAAUGCAUUUGAUGAAGCAAGUGUAAUGGUCAUGUAUCGGUAUUUUGAUAUAUUUUGGAAGAUCAAGCGAUUUCUAAACAUUGGAUCGGAAGCAAAAUUGAGGGAUUGUAUCAGAGUGAUCGAUGGAUUUGUGUAUAAACUUAUCAGAAUCAAGACAGAACAAGUUCACAAUAAGUUACAAGACGAUUCAGCAUUGAAGCAAGGAGACAUUUUAUCCAAGUUUCUGGAAUCAAAUGACACAGAUCCACAGUACUUAAGAGACAUAAUCCUUUGUUUAAUGAUGGCUGGGAAGGACACAACAACUAGCACUCUUUCUUGGUUCUUUUACAUGAUGUGCAAGCACCCUUUCACACAGGAAACAAUAGCACAGGAAGUGAGGGAAGCAACAGAAGUUAAAGAGACUCCAAACCUUGAUGAAAUUGCAACCAGCAUCACCGAGGAAGCCCUUGAUAAAAUGCAGUAUCUCCACGCAGCCCUGACCGAGACACUCAGACUUUAUCCUGCAGUUCCAGUGGAGGGGAAGGUUUGUUUUGCAGACGACACAUUUCCAGAUGGAUUCAGCAUCAGGAAAGGGGAUCUGCUGUCAUACCAGCCCUGGGUUAUGGGCAGGAUGAAAUCAAUAUGGGGGGAGGAUGCGGAAGAAUACAAACCGGAGAGAUGGCUUGAUGAAAAUGGGGUUUUCCAGCAACAAAGCCCGUUUAAGUUCACAGCCUUUCAGGCGGGCCCAAGAAUCUGUCUGGGAAAAGAGUUUGCAUACAGGCAAAUGAAGAUUUUCUCAGCUGUCUUGCUGGGCAGCUAUGUAUUUAAGCUUAGUGAUGAACAGAAAGCUGUAAACUACAAGACCAUGCUUACACUGAACAUCGAUGGGGGCCUCCAUCUUCUAGCUUCCCACAGAUAUUGA